AUGGACGAAACUGGCAUGCACAGGCGCUUUAAGGCGAGGCCUCCUUGUCUUGCCACGUACGACAGCGCCGAGAUACUAGACCACUUCUUUGGACUAAAUGAGGAGUGCCCACCUGCUCCUGCGGCUGAGAUCACGGAUCCACCACCAACCUUGCUCGAUGACCUGGGCGGCGAGAUCACUGACCAGGACAUUGAACCAGUACUGUCGAGCCUAGCCACAAGGAAAUCCUGCGGCUGGGAUCAGAUCUUCAAUGAACAUAUCCAGUAUGCAUCCAAAAACUCUUCUUGGUUCAAGCCAGCUUUCAGGAGGAUGGUAACUGCCAUCCUUAACCUAGGACACUUUCCAAGGAUAUUCAAACGGUCUGACCUCUGCAUGAUAUAUAAAAACAACGGAAAAACUGGCUCAAAGGCCUGGAGGUCUGUAGCCUUGAUGAGCUGUCUGGGAAAGACGGCGGAGGCCGUUAUUAAGACGAGGCUUGUCGCCAGCCUAGGGCCUACACCUGCCCAUAUAUACGGAUACAGCAGUGGACGAAGCACAACCACUGCCGUCGAUUACAUAUCAGGUCCUAUUUUUGAUCCUAGACAUGAAAAGAUGGUGACCACAACAUUUGAUGUGUCCUCUGCCUUCGACAAGGUAUCCUUCAGACACAUCAUCGAUGAGGUCGUCGCCAUCACUGAAGGUCCAGCCUGGGGAUGCCUACUUAGCUCCUACCUACACGGACACCAAAUCUUCCUGGACAACCGGCACACCUUCCGUGUGGCAGGUGUGGCCCAAGGAGGUGUCUUGGCACCGGUCUGCUUCGCGGCAGCCACCUGGCGCAUGGGGGAUCGGCUCCAGGCACUCACUGGCCCAUACAGGAUACGGGUUGCCAUCUACGCUGAUGACAUUUGCGCCAAGAUCAUUGCCAAUGGGAUACUUGGAUUAUCACAAGGUCUCAAGGACGCUGUGAGCGUCAUCAAGCCUUGGACUGACAGCGCAGACCUACACCUGGAUCCAGCCAAGAACGAGACCAUCAUAGACAGUGAGAUCACAAGCGUCCUGCUCAAGGACCACCUGGAAGAUACUGACAUUCACUACAUUGCGGAGAACACCAAGUCAAGUAUCAAGUGGUUAGGACUGUGGCUGACUCCACACAACAACUGGAGGACACACAUAGACUAUGCCAUCGGGAAAGGUAAGCGUGCCUUGUCCAUGCUGAGACGUUUGUUGAUAAAGGACUGGGACUUCUCACCGAAGCUUGCACUGCUAGAAUGGAAGGUGCAUGUGAUACCGACCCUUCUAUAUGGGUCGGAAAUCUGGGGGGGUACAGCCUCCCGUAAAUGGUAUAUCGAAAAAUGUACCAAACUUGAAGCUGUAUUCGCUCGCAAGCUCUUUGGGUUGCCUCGCUCAGCACCCAAUGACCUUGCCUCGCGGAUGCUAGCCACUGUCUGCGAGCCCAUCUGGGUUCAGGCCAGAUUAAGGUUCGCUUGCUACAAACUCCACAAGGCAGGAUCGACGCAGGCACCGGUGUCGGAAAACACUCGAAAGAUCCUCGAAGGAUGGGGCGUGGACUCCAUCGAGGACAGGGAGACACUUUGCACUCCCGUCGACGGCAUCAAUCGCGGUAACGUAGCCGCGAAAACAGGCUGUGGUGUGAUUAGAUGUGCUCCAGAGGCUCCUCAUGGCUACGAAGGCAAAUCCUUCAACACCGGCCCCUACUCCAACAUCGCACAAUGCGAGCUAGCUGGCAUUGAUAACUGUCUUCAGUGGGCACAUGAACUACCACAAGACCAGGCUGACCUCUACAUAUGUCUGGAUUCACUGGCUGCCAUCAGGGGGGUACAGAAGGCGUUCAAUCAGAGGAACUCAAGAUGCACCGAGUUGGUCCACUCCAUCAUACAGAAGACAGAUGCGGGAGAGGACUUCGAAGGGCAUGGCUCUCAUAAGAGAUUCUCUCGUCGGCGCAGGCGAAACAGGUUUGAACCGCGUCAGGCGCUUCCUCAGGACGGUAGCGCCUUCGUGGAAGAGAUAAGGAGAUAA